AAAGGAAAUCGCAGUAGGGCAAACAAAAAAAGAAAAAAAAAAAGCAAAAACAAAAACAAAAACAAAAACAAAAACUCCUCCCCAGAAAACCCUCCGUCGCAAACGUUCUUCUUCUUCUUCUCUCUACGCAGCAAAGCAGUCAUGGAAGGAGGGAAGAGCAACGCAUCUGCCGUUUCUCUACAACAAUUUGUUUCGAUCAUGACUCCCUUAAUCGACAUGGAAAAGGAAGCUGAAAUAGCAGCUUCAAUCAGUUCAGGUUCAUCGAGAAAUCUUGAAACCUCUCAGAAGAAAGGAUCAGUAUUACUCAAUCUCAAGUGUGUAGAUGUUCAGACAGGGUUAAUGGGGAAAUCACUUCUGGAGUUUCAAUCUACUAAAGGAGAUGUUCUUCCUGCUCAUAAGUUUGGGAAUCAUGACGUUGUUGAUCUAAAACCUAACAAAGCUGAUACGGGUUCCCCCUCACUUGGUCAGGGUGUUGUUUACCGUCUCAAGGACUCAUCAAUUACUGUAGUGUUUGACGACAUCCCAGAAGAUGGCUUAAAUAGUUCUUUACGUCUUGAGAAACUUGCAAAUGAGAUAACAUAUCGUAGGAUGAAGGAUGCUUUAAUACAACUAAGCAAAGGUGUGCUGAAGGGACCUGCUUCUGACUUAGUUCCUGUAUUGUUCGGGGAGAAACAACCAACAGUGGCAAAGAAGGAUGUUUCAUUCACCCCUUUUAACUCCAAUCUUGAUCACUCUCAGAAAGAUGCUAUCACGAAAGCACUUUCUUCCAAGAAUGUAUUCUUGCUGCAUGGGCCUCCUGGAACUGGAAAAACGACAACCGUGGUAGAAAUUAUCUUACAGGAAGUUAAGAGAGGAUCAAAGAUUCUUGCCUGUGCUGCUUCUAACAUAGCAGUUGAUAACAUUGUUGAGCGACUUGUUCCUCACAGAGUAAAGUUGGUGAGAGUCGGCCAUCCAGCACGUUUGCUGCCUCAAGUACUGGAGAGUGCACUAGAUGCCCAAGUUUUGCGAGGUGAUAAUAGUGGUCUUGCGAAUGAUAUUCGCAAGGAAAUGAAGGUAUUAAAUGGGAAGCUAUUAAAAGCCAAAGAUAAAAAUACAAAGAGAGACAUUAGAAAAGAGCUCAGAACUCUUUCAAAGGAGGAACGUAAGAGGCAGCAAUUAGCAGUCACAGAUGUAAUUAAAGGUGCUGAUGUGGUCUUGACAACUUUGACUGGUUCCUCCACUUGGAAGCUUGAGAGCACAUCUUUUGAUUUGGUGAUAAUUGACGAGGCUGCUCAGGCGCUUGAAAUAGCAUGCUGGAUACCGCUGUUGAAGGGUACAAGAUGUUUACUCGCAGGAGACCAUCUUCAACUUCCACCAACCAUACAGAGUGUUGAAGCUGAGAGGAAAGGUUUGGGAAGAACUCUAUUUGAGCGCCUUGCUGAUCUGUAUGGAGAUGAUGCAAUGAGGAUGCUUACUGUUCAGUACCGUAUGCACGAGCUUAUAAUGGAAUGGUCAUCUAAAGAGCUGUAUGACAGUAAGGUCAAAGCCCAUUCAUGUGUCGCCAGUCAUAUGCUAUAUGAUCUUGAAGAUGUAAAGAAAACAUCUUCGACAGAACCAACCCUUCUUCUCAUCGACACAACUGGGUGUGAUAUGGAAGAGAAAAAAGAUGAAGAAGACAGCACAAUGAAUGAGGGUGAGGCUGAUGUUGCUAUAGCCCAUGCUAAGAGGCUUAUUGAGAGUGGAGUCAGGGCAUCUGAUAUUGGAAUUAUUACCCCUUACGCUGCACAGGUUGUCUUGCUGAGGAUGAUUCGGAACAAAGAGGAUAAAUUGAAAGAGUUGGAAAUAUCUACAGUUGAUGGCUUCCAAGGUCGGGAGAAAGAAGCCAUCAUUAUUUCUAUGGUGCGAUCGAACACAAAGAAUGAGGUAGGAUUUCUGAGUGACCGAAGGAGAAUGAACGUCGCCGUGACACGUGCAAGAAGACAGUGUUGUCUUGUAUGUGAUACAGAAACUGUGAGUAGCAACCAGUUUUUGAAGAGAUUAGUUGAGUACUUUGAGGAGCAUGGGGAAUAUCUGAGUGCAUCCGAAUAUGUAGGCUAAUGAGCCAUCGUGAAUAUGUUCUAGACUAAAAUUAAACCCGUAUGUUCUGAAAAGUUCUGUGACACCAACAAUAAUUAGUUAGUUUUGCUUGGUGCUCUAGUAGGGAAGUAACUCAUCAUAGAACCUGGGAUCAGGUUGAGGCUCCGUAACAGCCCAAGACUACAAACGCGCAUGAUUCUGUUGGCGUAUUCUGGACAUGCAGAGAGAAAGAGAUGCCUUAGUGCUAUUCUCAUUAUUGACAUUAGUUUAAAGGUUGUGGUGAAUUACCUCUUUGAAAGCUGAUAUAAUUCAGAGGUAACAAAGCUCAACUGUUUAGAUACAGAGUAUGGAUGUAAUACUACUAUUUCAUGAUAUAUCAUCUUCGACGCUAACAAUCUUUUGGUGCC